AUGAGACAGCAGCGAACAAAGCUGUUGUCACCUGCAUUCUCCGGGAUGACCAUCGACCCUGUCCUUCGCUCGCUUGUAACCGAACCUGACUUUCAAGAUACACGGCAUGGCCUGGUGUUUUCCGCUCGGUUGCCGACAGCCAUCCGAAAACUGACCGGGCACAUUCAGCAGAAGCUAAAGGCCGCUGCACCAUGCUUAUGGCUCGUGCCUGCAGAGUAUCUGCACAUGACAGUACUAGAAGUCACUCACUCGCAAACCCCAGAGACAGUUGCACAUUUAGCACAUGCGAUGCGCGAGAUCAUUCCUCGGAUUACUGACUUCACAGUCACGCAUCAUGCGCGGGUUCUAAAGCCAAUGCUAUCCUGUGACAGCACCGCCGUCUCGCUAUCCUUCAUUCCUGCUGCCUGUGAAGGGCUUACCGUCGAGAGCAGCAGGACAGCGGAAGAAGACGCCUAUACGUUCCUCCAUCUUCGCAAAGACCUUUAUGAACUGAGUCUUGAAUCAGGAAUCGUGCCUGAGGCCCGCUACGUCGUUCCUACCGCACAUUUUACCAUUGCGCGGAUUAUUGCCGACACGGAUUUCGAGACUGAGGUAGGGAGCCCCGAUCAGACGAAGAUUGCAAAAUGGAUGCAGACAAUCGAAGAGGUCAAUACAUGGUUAGAAAGUAAUUAUUGGCCUGGACCAGGUAACGAGUUCCAGAAUGGCGGCGUAUGGGUCCUUGGUGAGGACUUUGGAUUGGAUUGUCGGGCUGGACUGGUAUGGUAUGGAGGUGGGACGACAUUGAGGCAAGGGAAAUGUUCCUAA